GUUUAUAUUGUUAUUAUUAAAUAUAUUGAGAAUGAAUAAACUAAUGCAUGAAGGUUUCAUAUUAAUGGCAAACAGGAAGUCGUUGUUGCCUCGAAGCGUCACGAAGCCAAUCUCCUAAAAAGUUUAAAUGUCGGUAGGAAAACAGAAGUCAGCUGUAACUCUGUGAGCAAGCAGACACCCUCAUAACGACUGAGGCGUCGAAUAAAGAGUAAUCCCAAUACCCCCCACCCGCCCCAUGUCUUCUAGGGCCCACUGCCCAUCCAGCAGCACCAUGCUCCUCCUGCUUUGGCCAUCACUGCUCCCUGGCUGCAAGAUCCUCUCAUCAGUGUGACUCUGCAAACCUGAGCUCAAGACAUUCCUUGACAUUUGUCUGCAACAAGCGCACAACCCCGCAGUAUAUUAGAUGAUGAGAUUUACAAAGAUACAAUAGAAGAGAGGAUGAAAACAGAGCCUUUUUCUUGAUCAUACGUACAUACAAUAAGUAUUUUAAUUCAACACUAAACAUUCAAACACUAAACAACAAGUACGUCUUAGUUGUUAAUGUUUUGUGAUGCUUAUCCAGAAUAAAAGAUAAUGAAUUUGUGAGGCAAGGACAUUUAUUAUUUGUGUUACUGUGACUGGUAAGAAAUUCCCUGCUCAGGAUGUAAAAUUCAGAUUGUACAUCAUAUAAAAAAAAAGAAGAAAGAAAUUAAACAUUCACUGCCUAUUGAAUGUUUACAGUAAUAUUAAAUCGCAAUCUAUUUGCAAUGAUCAAGGAAAAUAUUUACAAAUAGUUCAAAACAAAGUAAAUGUACAAGUGGAGGCACAUUUGGCUGCAGUUACAGACUUGAGUGCAUAUAAAUGGAUCUGUGGUUUCCCCCGUGCGUGUUCAGAAAACUGCACAAGCUCUAUCAAGUUGCAUGGGGAGUCAAUAACCAUUCUCAAGUCAUGCCACACAUUUUCAAAUAGAUUGUCUGGACUCUCAUCACUUGAGGUUUGAGGUAGCUGUCUUCUUAAAAAAAAAAAAAAAAAAAGUUUUACAGGCUGAAGCAGGUCUUUCUGCAGGACCUGGAGGGGAUGGUGUGUUACACCAAAUAUUGCAUUCAGUGUGAUAAGCUUUAAAGUUGCAGUAUAGUGGCAGCCCACCACACAGACACGGACUCAAAAUGUUCUGAGGAUUUAAUGCAGUGCUAUUUGAUAUCCCUAUUUCAAGUUAUUUAAGGGCAUUUUGUUAUGUAAUUCCCUUGACUGCUACUUUCCAGUGGUCUUGUCAUGCAAUGGUUUAGAAUAUUCCUUUGAUUGCAUGAUGUAGUUCUUGCCAGGAUAUUUACUAAACCAGCAUUUGGACAGUCCAUAUAGGGUAGUAUUAAAGUAUAAUCACCUGUCACACACUAGUUACACACAGCUGACUUCCAUUCAGCUUAAUUAUGACUUCUAAAACAACUGCCGAUUGUUUAAAGACAGUGGACACCUGUGAAUUCUGUUUCUUCUUAUAUUUUGAUUUUAAAGUAGGGUUUUUUAUGUUGAAUAAUGUGGAAAAAUAUUCCACUGUCAAAAAACAAUAACACUUGACCAUACUGUUCCUAAUGUGAUAUUUUCUUUAAAUCUUUCAAUAAUUUUAUGAAUUAUGAGCCAUGAAAUGUAGGCCUGUGUGAGGCCUGAGAGGUUGACUCUGCCAAUAAUGCUGUCUUAAUUAAUGAUCAAAUGGCACAUGUGCUUAACAUGUAGAGUUAUAUAUGUAGCCUGAGAAAAGACCGAAACAUUACUGUAUUCCUCCUAAUAAAUAAAUGUUAUUCCGAUACUUUUAUUUUGUAUAUUCACAUAAAUUAGCCUGUUUUCCACCAGCAACACCAGCUUCACGGCAGCUUAGCAACGCGGUUGCCGCGCAACCCAGAAGUUUCUGGUUAGUGGUGAUUUUCAGUUCGGACUUUCAUAGUUUAAUCAGCAGAUAGGAAACAGGUGAGCGUUUCUAGCUGCUAUAUUAUAACCCUGGUUUUGAACGCCAACGUUGGGACUCUCCCUCCGUUACUUCAGAGCAACUUGUCGGGUUUAAGAUGUUCGCCUGGUUUUGUAUUUUCGUCUGUGCCUCGGCUGGUUGCCUUGUAGCCGCCGAGUACACGAUGCCCGGUCAGCCCCUCGAAGUCCCCGUAAACAGCGCCAAGGUUCUGCGGGCAGCACGGUUCGCUAUGGUUGAAUUCAACAGAGACAACGCGGAGGACUUGUUUGCCUACAAAAUUGUCAACAUAACCUCGGCCAAAAUCCAGGUGGUCGCGGGAAUAAACUACAUCCUGGAAGUGAAGCUUGGUCGUACAAUGUGCAAGACCAGCGACACUAUUGACACUGAGCCAUGUCUCUACCACUCUGAACCCAAAGAACUAAAGUGCCACUUCGUCGUUACAGAAAUUCCUUGGGAAGAUUCACGUGUACUUACUCAAAAUAAAUGUCACCAUCAUGGGUCUAAUUGACUGAUUCUCUGAUUGCUGCUGGUGUUGCCAAGUAAACUUUUUAUCUGUGAGCAUUA